AUGUCGAUUCUAGCUUUAUUUUUAUUAUUACUACAUACAAGUUUGGCUGAAAGAGAUACAGCACCGGUUUUUAUAUUAGAUUAUGAAAAAGUUUUGUCGCAUGUAUCCAUCGAUCCUAAUCCAUUUACAAAAAUAAAAGCUUUUGAAUUUACAAAAAUAAUCAACGAUGCAGUUAAGAGAAGUAAAGUUGUCAUAUUGUUUAUAGAAGAAUCUUUUUGUCUCGAGGACAUAACACGAAAGGAUAAGCAUGGGACUCCAUUUUAUCAUUUGAGCCAAGGCUUAUACGAAAAUAAAGUGAAAUUUCUACCAGCUGUACCGCAACCAUUCAAAACUUUAAAAACGCAUUUUCGACAGGAAGAAUUUAACGUAUUUCACUUAAGCGAUUCUAGUACUAAAUUAAAGAUUUACGAUGGUAAAUUCAAACAUUUUUAUAUAUAUUUUAAUGAUAAGAUUAACGAAACCCGAACAUCUGCUUUAAGAAGACAUGACUUAGUGAUACGUGAAGUCUAUUACGUAGUCCAUCAGAUAGCUUUGAAGCCGGUUGUCGCUUUCUAUACCGGUAAGAUUAAUCCUAUUCUUGUGACGAAGAUGAAUUUCCUGCCUGUAAAGCCUGAAAAGUAUAUUCGGCAACCAGGGGUAACUAUAUCAAGUUCUGGAGCUCUCUUUCGGUUUAUUGGCGUGUACACAACGAUGGGCACUCGUCGGUCCACGUUCAGUCAAGUUCCGAUGAUAGCCGAGGAAACUUGGGAAGAACACAGCUUGACCACGCGGAUGGCAUACACGGACUUCGAGCUUGAAUUCUCGUUUAAGUUUAGGAAGGACCGGUGGACUAUCGAAAAUGUCGCGUUGCUGGAAUGGGGGGAAGAAGUGGGGCGCACGGAUAUGAGAGUGGGCGCCCCAUGGGACUGGUCUUACGUCUGCAGUGAUCCACUCGUGCUGAUUAACAUGAGAGACGGCAGCGCUGUGACCAUAUCUCAUUAUCAAAUACAGCCGUUUAACGAAGAUCACCUGAUCGCUCGCAACGGUUCCAACAGCUCCAGGUGCUUCGGACCCGCUGUCAACUGCGGACCGUAUUUUAAUGCACACAUACUCGCAGGCCUCAUGGUGACAUUCUUCUGUUUUGGCAUUUUGACGUACGGAGUAGUUACCAUGUACAACUGUCAUUCGAAUGACAGGUACGAUGAUCAGAACCAGAAGCCACUGGUUAUAGCGUUUGAAGCUGGUCAUUGACUACAC